AUGCGUGUUCUUUUCUGGAAUAUUCGUGGUGUGAAGAAGGAGGCUGGUAAGAGAUUUUUACAAUCUCUUAUUUCAGAGUAUUCUCCAGAUUUUCUGUGUUUGGCUGAACCAAUGGUUCAGGUGAGUAAAUUCCCUGUUUUAUUUUUUAAUAAAUUGGGAUAUUCGGCAGAGUUUAUCCAUAAUAUCCGCCAUGAAAGGUUGUCUAACCUGUGGAUAAUUUGGAAACGUGGUCUGAGGCACCCUUCCAUUGUCUCAAUGUCGGAACAACAGCUCUCUAUUGAGGUCGACUGGCAAGGGGAAAAACUGCUUUUGUCCUUUAUUCAUGCUAGUUGCUUUAAAAUUGAGCGUAGAGAUUUGUGGUCGGAAUUGGCGGCUAUUUCAGCAGCUUCUCUCCCUCUGCUUGUUGUUGGUGAUUUUAAUGCGACGCUGUUAUCUAAUGAGAAAAAAGGUCCAGGGAAAUUUAAUGUUGGAUCGGCAGCAGAGUUCCAAGCAAUGGUGGAUUCUUGUAUGCUCAUUUCUACCCCUUCACAGGGUAAAAAGUAUACUUGGUCAAAUAAUCGUGGAAGGGGUAAUGUCAUGGCUGUUCUGGAUAGAAGCUUUCAUAAUGAGUUAUGGAUUGAUGAAUUCAAAAAUAUUUCUCAGCGAGUUAUAAGCUGCACUGCAUCUGAUCACACUCCCAUCUUGAUCCAUUCAAACGUGGUGAAAGGGGUGCUAAAAGCUUGGGCAAAAGAAAGAUUUCCUAAUUUAAAUGAGGAAGUGAAAAAAGCUACUUCCGAGCUAAAAAGAGUGCAGGAUAUUAUUGAGGUUUCAAGAAUGUCGGAUGCCCUCUUUAAUGAAGAAGCUGAUGCAAAGACAGCCCUUUUAAUUGCUAGUAAGAUGCAAGAAAAACUAUGGUAUGAGAAGGCUAAAUUACGAUGGUUGAAAGAAGGCGAUCGGAACACAAAAUUUUUCCAUCUUUCAGUCAAGAUUAGAAGAUCAAGAAAUCAGAUUAGUAUGUUACGUCGUGAAGAUGGUUCUUGGAUUUCUGAUCAAUUAGAUUUGGCCAACUAUAUUGUGGAUUUUUACAAGAAUUUUCACUCUGAAAAUCCUGUAGAACCACACUAUGAGUUACUAGACCAAAUUCCAACAAUCAUUUCUAAUGAAGACAAUGCUUUCUUGGAUGCUGUUCCCUCAAGGGAAGAAAUAAAUAUGGCGAUAUGGGAUCUGGAUGCGGACAGUUCUCCGGGUCCUGACGGCUUUCCAGGUCAGUUUUUCAGAAGUUGUUGGGAUAUUGUGGAAAAUGAUUUCUGUAGGGCUGUUUUCUCUUUCUUUUUAGUAGGGAAAAAAUUCCUAAGGGGGUUAUCUAUUUUUCUCCCAAGAUUAAUCUCAGAAGAACAAGGUGCAUUCCAGAGGGGUAAAAUUAUUUCAGAAAAUAUAAGCCUUGCUUCAGAGUUAGCAAAUCUGAUGCACUCAUCCAUUCGAGGUGGAGGUAUGGGUCUAAAGCUAGAUGUGCAGAAAGCCUAUGAUUCUCUGUCUUGGGAAUUCCUCUUUGCAACCUUGAAGAAAUUUGGUUUCUCUCCAAAUUGGAUCAACAAAAUCCACCAGAUGCUGCUCUCAACAAGGAUUUCAAUUUUGCUAAAUGGAGGUCCAGUGGGUUUCUUUGGUGUGGAGCGUGGUCUCAGGCAAGGAGACCCUAUUUCCCCAAUCCUUUUUAUUCUGGCAGAGGAAGUUCUUUGUAGGGGGCUGAAGAACUUGAUACUGGAAAGGAAGAUGAAAGCUCUCCCAGGCCCUAGAGGAGCAAUUACUCCUUCCCAUUUACUUUUCGCAGAUGAUAUUUUUAUCUUUAUGAAUGGGUCAGCUAGGUACAUGAAGCAUCUUCAUGAGUUUUUAUUCAAGUAUCAGUCUUUUUCAGGGCAGAAAAUAAACUUGGAAAAAAGUAAAAUAUUUUUUGGGAAGAUUGCCCCUCAUAGAAGUCGUUUUAUUAGUGAUUUUCUGGGCAUUGCUGCGACUGAUCUCCCUACAAAAUAUUUGGGGGUGGAGAUUUUUAAAGGCAGAGUGAAGAAUAGUCAUUUGCUUCCUCUUCUGGAUAAGAUAAAGGGUCGGUUGGCAGGGUGGAAGGGCAAAAUUCUUUCUAUGGCUAGGAGAAUUGAAUUGGUUAAGUCAGUUAUUUCUGGUAUUCCCAUACACAAUUUCUCUGUGUACUGGUGGCCGGAUGAAACUAUUAAGGCGGUGGAACGGUGGAUGAGGAAUUUUAUUUGGUCAGGAAAAGCAGGUGCGGGUGGAGUAUUUCGGAAUGAAAAUUCAGAAAUAUUACAGUCUUUCAGAACUUUUCUUGGUGUCCACACAAAGUUUGAAGCCGAGAUGAUAGCUGUUAUUACUGGACUGGAAUUUGCAAGAGAUAUGGGUAUUACUCAUUUGUGGAUUGAGUGUGACUCAGUUGCUGUAGUUUUACUUAUAUCUAAGGGAAGAAUCCCUUGGGUUUGUCUUCAGAGGUGGAUGAGUUUAACCUCCUAUUUGAACUCUCUUACCUGGAAAAUCACUCACUGUAUGCGGGAAGCAAAUCCUGUGGCUGAUUUCUUGGCAAAAACAGCAGCAAAAUUCGAAGUUUCUUCUCCUAUCCAAUCCUGGCCUGCGCUGAUUGCUAUAGAGUUGGAAGUGGAUGGUCAAUCUCGGCCUAGAUACCGCUUCUUUUAA